CCAUCCUACUAUCAUUCGACUAUCAGCAGAUAGCACAGACUCACACAUCAUGUCUGUAACACUCCAUACCACCCACGGCGACCUCAAAGUCGAGCUCUUCUGCGAAGCAGUCCCCAAGACAGCAGAGAACUUCAUCGCCCUCUGCGCCAGCGGCGCAUACAACAACACCCCAUUUCACCGCCUCAUCCCGGGCUUCAUGAUCCAAGGCGGCGACAUCUCACUCAACCCAUCCCUCACCUCCUCAUCAUCCAGCUCUAAACCCCCUCUCCCCUUCGAAGACAUCCCCAAAGGCGGCACCUCAAUCCACCACCCGCAAGCCCUAAACCAAGAAAUCCACCUCCCAGCACUAAAGCACAACACGCGGGGUAUCCUCUCGAUGGCAUCCCGCCCCGUGAAGGAUCGCACAGCGCCGGGAUCGCAAGGCGCCACGGGGGCAACGAUAAACGGGAGCCAGUUCUUCGUGACGUUUGCGCCGGCGCCGCAUUUGGAUGGCGCGAGUACGGUGUUUGGGAAGGUGCUGAAUCUGACGGCGCAGGAUGAGGGCGGGGAUGUGUUGGGGAGGUUGGAGAAGGCGAAUGUUAAGGUUGAUAAGAAGGGGAGGGUGGUGCAGCCGAAGGAGGGGGAGGAGGGGGGAUUUGAGGCGUUGAAGAUUGAAAGGGUUACGAUUCAUGCAAAUCCGUUUGCGAAGUGA